CCGCGAACCCAUUACAACGAAGCGGCGUCGUUUUGUCCCACACGACCGCGUACGAUUCGAACGGAGCAAAACUCUCCGAUUCUUCCUCCUCCACUUUCCCUUCGAUUUUCUCGAGAAAAUCAACCUCCGAGAAAUCUGUGAUUUUCUCGAGAAAAUCAAGCUCCGAGGAAAUCUAGCUCAGUCUUCGUAAGUCUCCUGUACAUAUAUACACCUUCCACUCAUGGAUCGGAGGAGAAACUUGAGCCCGGUGUACACGCGGCAGUGGAGCGGCGGUUCAAGCAGCACCGGCUCAUCACCGGCGAUGUCUCCGGCUCAUCCUCAGUCGCGCCUCGGUCCUUCCUCCACCGGGAUUUCCACCGUCAAGCGCACUCAAAACGUAGCUGCCAAAGCCGCCGCGCAACGCCUCGCUCGCGUCAUGGCGUCUCAGACCGCCGACGACGACGGCGACGAAGAUGACGAUCUAGGAUUCCGGUUUAGUGCUCCUCCUCCUGCCGCUCUUUCCUCUUUCUCCAGCAGUAACAGAAGUAACAGCGCAAACGCAAACGCCAACGCCAUCCCUCCGUUUUCGGUUGCCAGGCCGAACAGAUCUCCUUCCCCUGCGUUAGGUCGGAACUUUGUAGAGCACACCCCUGCAGUGCGUUCAACGUCAGCUGGAAGACCGGCAGUUUCAGUUCGGUCAACACCGGUGGUGCCGCCACCGAGCAAACCUACACUCCGAACGCCUAUGCUCGUUCCUCCCAUUGAUCCUCCUACCAAUAGGAGUAGAGAGAAAAGGUUUACACCAGAUAUCACUAUCAGGCAGCUUAACUCGAAAGACACAGGAGAUCAGCGUGAAGCUUCUGCACUCCGUGAUGAACUUGAUAUGCUACAAGAAGAGAAUGAGAAUAUAUUAGAAAAGCUAAGACAAGCAGAGGAAAAACGCCAAGAAGUGGAGGCCAGAGCUAGGGAACUUGAGAAACAGGUUGCUUCGCUUGGAGAGGGUGUAUCCCUGGAGGCUAAAUUGCUGAGCAGGAAGGAAGCUGCUUUGCGUCAAAGAGAGGCUGCUCUCAAGGCUGCAAAACAAUCACAGAAUGAAAGAGAUGAGGAUGUUACUGCCCUUCGUGUGGAGAUUCAGAACCUAAAAGAUGAUGCUACAGCAGCUGAGGAACAACGGCAAGAAGCUGAAGCUGAAGCAAAGGCUCUUCGGACAAUGACACAGAGAAUGAUUUUGACCCAUGAAGAAAUGGAGGAAGUUGUCCUGAAGAGAUGUUGGCUUGCCCGCUACUGGGGUCUUGCUGUAAAACAUGGCAUAUGUGCAGAUAUAUCACAAUCCAAGCAUGAACAUUGGUCUUCUCUAGCUCCUCUUCCUUUUGAACUUGUCAUAUCUGCUGGACAAAAGGCUAAGGAGGAAUCAUGGAACAAAAGUGCUGAUGGUCCUGAUAGAAGCAAACUUGUUCGUGAUUUGAAUGAUCUCGCUGGGGAAGGAAACAUUGAGAGUAUGCUUUCAGUCGAGAUGGGUUUGAGGGAACUUGCUUCUUUAAAGGUUGAGGAUGCUGUUGUGCUUGCAUUAGCCCAACACAGGCGGCCAAAUUUGGUCCGGCAGUCUGUUUUAGAUUCCAAAGCACCUGGGGAUGCCAAAUAUUUGGAAGCAUUUGAAUUAAGUGAAGAAGAGGCAGAAGAUGUUCUUUUCAAAGAGGCAUGGUUAACUUAUUUCUGGAGAAGAGCUUUAUUUCAUAGUGUGGAAGAAGAUAUUGCAGAAGAGCGGCUUCAGUUUUGGAUAGUUCGCAGUGGACAGUCACCAACAUCACAUGAUGCUGUUGAUGUUGAGCGAGGUUUGUUGGAGUUGAGGAAGUUGGGUAUAGAACAACAACUUUGGGAAGCAUCGCGGAAGGGAAUUGAUCAUCCUGAUCGUGCGUCGGUAGUUACUAAUCAUAAGCCUGCUUCUGAGUCUGAUGCCUCAUCUUGAUAGUCCGAGCCCUUGCCGAUUCAUUCUUUGUUCUAUAUGUAUAUUUUUGUUUAGUUUUCUAUACACAUUUUUCUCUGUACACUGUGUUCCCAACAUUAUAUUUGGGUCUUAUACAAAGGAGUAAGAAUCUUUAGAUUGCAAGAGGUGUUUGUAAUAAUUAAUCACCUGCAUGUGACUGAGUUUUUCCUCAUUCUUUUAAUUAAAAAUUUUGUAAUUUGAGAAUCCCAGUUGUUUCUUGUUAUCAAAUGAAAAUAUCGAAGAGUGAUAGCAGGUUUUUUUUUGUGGA